AUGCCGUUGUCUCAGGGGGCGCCGAGAACAGGGCUUAACGAAGGCAAUGUCCUCGCGCAGACUGGCGUGGAGAGUGACCGAAGUGCGGGAAUGUAUCCAUUCCACUGCGGCAGGUUGAAGGCAGAGCUGCUGGACAAGCCCACGCCAGUGUCUUGGGUCACCCCCAACCGCGAUCGCCCUCCCAGACAGCAGCUCACUGGGCACCUCCCGGCCGGGUCCAUCACCGUACAGACCUCCCAGAGCAGCGCCGGGUCCCCAGCAGGUGGGCCAUGCAUGCAGAGCCCAAGUCCUGCUGCAGCGCUGGGCGCCCCGGGGCUUUGGGAGCAGGUAGCACUGGCCCCGGCGCCCAUGGGGAACUUCAUGGCCGCUGCCUUUAACUUGUAG